AUGCGUUCCCGGAAGGCUACCCUUCCUGACAUUCCGCUUCCUGAAACUCACGCCAAACCUGGCACGAGGACUCGUGUAAUGAAGAAUGCUGUGAAACUGCAAGCCCGUAAACACAAAACCAUCGAAGCUGAUUCCAAGAACUCUAUGGAUGUCAAAUUGAAAGAACCUGAAGAGGUCGAUAUUGUUGCCAAGAAUGUAGACAGCCAUGGAAACACCUGUCCUCGAAGAAAGAGAAACGAAGAACGUGACAGAGCUGGGGAACAGGAAGUGGCAUUGAACAUCGACAAUCACAUCCCUUCUACGAGUUUGUCUGCAGACAUUCCAGAUACUGCGGCUGUUGAUACUAGUGAACAAUUUGUUGCCACUCUCUCUGUCAAUGCUCGAGGACUUAGAAAUGAAGAGAAUGAUGGUAAUGUUACUGCUACAACCCGCGACAUACAGCCGCCUCAAAAACCGAGACCCAUAAGAUGGCAGAUUCGUAAUGGGCAUGAUUCACAGAAUGACGACAACAAAGACGAUCAAUUCCUUUCAUCCCGCAGAGGUUAUCGCCAACUGCAAUUCACUAUUCGUGACAGCAGCCCAGACCCUGAUGGUGUCGUCUUCAAGGGAUUCACUUCACGCAUUUCAAAAGCCAGUAACAAAAAGGCUGACAUUGACAUGGAGGAUGCUCAGCAGAAGUCCAAGGGCCGUGCCGAUCAUGUCAGCAACAAUGAUUCUUCUGGUGUUGAGGAUGAUGGCGGUUCUGAUGGGGAGAAUCUAGCUAACGAGUCAUUAGAGAAGCCUGACGAUGAGGUUGAGGCUGACGACGAAUUGGAAACCCAUCGCCACAAAUCAGGUCCCCUCCCAAAGGCUGCAAAAGAGGCUGCCUUCGCAGCACAUCAAGAGUAUCUCAACAAGCUGGAAGCCUUGGCUUCUGAAUAUGACAAGCCUCUGAAGCUUCUCCUUCAACUCGUCGCUCAAGAAGUCAAGACAAGUCAUCAUCUCAACCCUUGGUCAGCCUUCCAGCACUGGUACACCCACUUUGGUAAUGUCAAGAAAACAAAAGAUAUUUCUGCGCAAGCGUGGGCUAAGUUUGUUGCAAGACUUUAUAAACAGGAGCUCGACUCUCUGGGAGAGAAACCUUCGCAGCAAGAUAUUCAUGAGCAUUUCAAGGAACAACUUGAUUAUUAUCGCAAUGUUGUUGUGGCAUUUUUGGAAUCCAAGCGAGACAACGGAAAGUUCCCACAGGUUAUAAAGAAAGUUGUUGAGCCAUUUAUCAAAUUAGCCACCAGAGCUUACAAGGAGACAGGGAUUCAAGUCUUUGGAUUUGCAAUUGUCGUCAAUGCCAAUUCAACUUCAAGCUUGGCUUGGGGCAGUAGCCGCGAAUACGAAAAGCUUCGUGCACGUUACAAGUCAUCUGUCAAGACCCAGCUGAGAGAUUACGAGGGGAUGUUCAAGUUGGCAGAGAUGGACCAGCGAAUGGCAGGUUCCUCAAACAGUCUGUUGGUUCACGUUGAGCCAAAGUCCACUGAAAAUAAGUGGGAUUGCCUCAUGCGAGUUCUUGGUGAAUUUUUGCGAAGCGAUCUGAUCGAAAUCUUAACUGCCCGCAACGAAGAAGGUGGCAACAUGAAGAAGGUUACCAUGAAUUGGUCUUGGACUGACUUCGCGUUCAAGAAUGAGGUCACCAUUAUUGGAUGGGGUCUUGUAAAUGAAUUCCCCUGUGAAGGAUUCACCUUGAAGGGGAAGGGGAAGGGGGAGGCGUUCUUCCAAUGGAUUGUUCAGUCCCGGGUUGAUGAGUAUAAGUGGAAGAGGGGAAGGCAGGUCAGCGAUGACGAGGAGAUUGAUAUGGACUCAUCACUCAAAUCGCCAUAUGUUCGAAUUGUGUCGUGGACCUCAGAUAAGUCUAAUGUGCUUUUUUUUGUAUUAUCUUGCAUCUAA